AGUUACCUUCAUGCCCUCUGCUGGCAUUGAGUUUGUAACUCAGGUUGGCUCCCACAUCCCUGAAUAUGUCAACUCUGGAUUAGAGAUGCACACCAACCUGUUCCAUGAAAGUGGGCUCAGUGCCAAGAUCUCCAUGGGACGUGACAACGUCAAGCUGACAAUCCCUGCUCCAGUGAAGCCUACAAAGCUCAUAAAGAUGACAAACACCCUGGUGGCAGUGACUGGAUCAGAGGUGAUGACAAUCCCCCCUAUGGUGAUGGACAAGGUUGAUGUCAGUGAGUGCACGCCUGUCUUUGCUGGAAUGAAAUACUGCACGGCUCUGCAGUACACUGAUGCUUUCUCUCAGGACACAGCUCCCUACUUCCCCUUUACCGGAGACAGCAA